AUGGCCAGCUCAGCGCCGUGGCUGCGCUGGACGCAGACGGACCUGGGCACCAGCUGCGAGGAGCUGAAGCGCUGGGAGGAAGAGGAGGAGGAGGAGGAGGAGGAGGAGGAGGAGGAAGACUUUGAGAGACACAUGGAUGAGAACGGUGUCAUCGGCCUGGAGGAGGAUGGCAUGGACCUCAGCGACCUGCAGGGCUCGGGCUCGGAGGAGUGGAGCCAGGAGGAUGCCGGAAGCCCCCCAUCGGGUGACGGCGAGGACCUGGACGAGGGGUCCCCAGUGGAGCCGGCUCGCUGGCACCCACGGCAGGACCUGACUGAGGAGGAGGAGGAGGAAGGGGAGGAGGAGGAGGAGGAGCGGGGCAGCUCCAUGGAGGAUGAGCGGCUGGAGGGGCCCUGGGGGGCAGAGAGCGAUGGGGAGCUGCACCCCAAGGCAGGGCCCCUCCAGAAAGCCCCGUGUGUCACCACAGAUGGUGGUGACACCUCAGGGGCUUCGGACACCAGCCCCGGCCCCGCCACCCCCCCAAGACGGCGCCGGGGCUGGGGCAGGGCUGGGGACCCUUUGGGGAGCCCCCAAACCCCACAGCAGCACCAGAGGCCCCGGGUGCCCGAGCCCGGCCGGCUGUCGCGGUCCCUGAGCCCCCAGCGGCACGCCGGUGCCAAAAAGCCGAAGGAGGCCACCGAAGGGUGCCGGUACGGCCGGGGGCAGCUCAACCACCCCCUGCCCGACCUCUCCAAGGUGGAGGCGCGGGUGAAGUUCGACCAGAGCUACCGCCCGCCGCCCAGCAGAGCCCUGCCCGCCCGCGCCAGGACCCCCGGCGGCCCCCUCAUCCCCAAGUCCCCGGCCGAAAUCGUCCGGGAGGUGCUGCUGAGCAGCGGGGAGGGGGCCCCGCCGCAGCCCCCCGUGCCCCCCGGCGUGCCGCAGGAGCUCAGGUCCCCCCGGCAGGCCACGGCGCUGGUGCAGCAGCUGCAGGACGACUACCACAAGCUGCUGACCAAGUACGCCGAGGCCGAAAACACCAUCGACCAGCUGCGGCUGGGCGCCAAGGUGAGCCUGUACGCCGACCCGCCGCGCGCCAGCCGCAGCGCCCACGCCGGCACCCUGGGCAGCGGCUGCAGGGUGAUGGCCUUCAGCAUCCCGCGGGCCAGCACGGCCACCGUCAGCACGGCCCCGAACCCGAAGCCGGCCCCGAACCCGAAGCCGGCCCCGAGACCGGCCGAAUGGGGGGCGUCGCAGCGGCCCCGCUCGCCCCUCUCCUCCUCGGGGGGCUGCCCCACAUGCGCGGGGCAGUGCCGGUGCCCAGGGCCCCAGCUCACGCGGACGCUGGCGGGGCAGACCCGCAAGCUUCAGGCACAGGUGGAGUCCUUCGAGGGCUGGGUGAGGGCAGGGAGCGCGGCGCCGCAGGAGCAGCUCCAGCGGUUCAGGCGGCUGAAGGAGACGCAGGACGCGCUGGAGCGGGCGUACCUGCGGGCACGGGAGGAGCACGGGCGGCAGCGGCAGCGCCCCGCAGCCUCGGGGGACUUCGACCCGGAGCGCGUGGUGGAAGGGGAAAUAUUCUGCCUGGGGAUGCGCCUGGAGGAGCUGAAGGAGCGGCUGGAGUGGGCAGCACGCCCCCCGGGCUCCCCGUGCCCCCAGCUGAGCCCAGCGGUGACCGAGGCUCCCCCCGGCACCCAGGGGACAUCGGGGGAUGGCGAGGUGGUGGCAGGGGGGCUGCCCCGGCCCCUCUGGCACAAGCAGCUCCGAGCGGAGGAUGACUUUGGGGACCUGCUGGAGCAGUACCAGCACUUCAAGUCCUUGCCGGCAUCGCUGAGCCUGGAGCACCUGAGCCUGGCGGGCAGCGGCUCCCUGGAGGAGGCAGAUGGCCCUGUGGCAGGGGACGUUGGCCCCAGGCAGGUCCCCUGCAGGGCACGGUCACUGGAGGAGGGGACCGACCUCGAGACCUCCCCCUCGUGCCCCCCGCAGAGGAGAGCAGCGCCGCUGCCCCACGGGGACCCCCUGCGGCCGGAGGGGACGCGUGGCCACCACCAGGAGCCCCCAGCUGCCCCCCGGCCGCCACCACCGGUGCUCCCCGAGCCUCUGCCACCACGGGCGCCCCUGUCCCGGCACAGCAGCGGGGCGGGCACCGCUGCCACCCAGCGCCGUCCCCUCAAGCCCUGCCGCCAGGAGCAGCGCAUGGUGUCGCCGGAGACGGACAGCGGCUUCGUGGGCUCGGAGGCCAGCCGCGUGUCCCCGCUGGUGCGCACCCCCGAGCAUCGUGCCCUGGGCACCGGGACGCCAGGCUCACUGGGACCACCCGCCCCGAUCCCUGCACCCCUCCGUCCUCCGCAGAAGAAGGAUGCACAGCCGCUGCCCCCCGAGAAGGCGCUGAUGGGCACCUACCCGUCCCCCAGGCACCUUUCCCCCCGGGGCGGCGCUGGGGGGCCCAGCCUGCCCCCCAGCACCGCCUCGCACAGCAGCUCCCCCCCGCGCUGGGCCAAGAGCCUGGGCAGCGAGCUGGGACCCAACGGUGACGGCACUCGCAGCGACUUGGAGGGGGGGGGCAGGAGCUGCGCCAGCGCCUGCGGCCCCCUGCCCGGGGGGGGCACCGCCUCGCCGUCCCCUGCCCCGGCUCCCUGCGACCUGCUGGGCUCCCGCGUGGAGCGCGACCGGGCCAUCCGGGCGCUGCGGGACGAGGUGUGGCGGCUGCGGCGGAGGCUGGAGGAGAGCCUGCGCCGGUCCCGCAGCUACCCCGAGGGCAAAGCCGCCCCGCGGAGCGCCCAGGCCAGGAGGCAGCCGGCGGCGAGCGGACCCUCGUCCCCCCGGGACGCAGCGCCCACGGGGGAGCUGAGCCCCCCGGCACGGGGCAGGGUGGCCCCCGCCGCUGUGACAAGGGGCAGGUUGGCAUCGCUGCCGCGGGACGGGACCGAGCUGGACCUCAGCUCCGAGUCGGGCCGCUCGCUGGCUGGGCACGGGGACAGGCGGCACCGGGGCACCCCAGCUACACAGAAGCGCUCUCGGAGUCCCCCGGGCAUGGGGACGGUGCGGGGGCAGUACACAGCCGGUUCCCCGGCGGGCGACGCCGUGCGGCAGCCCCGGCAGAGCACCCCCAGGACACGGCGCUGCCCCACGUGCCGGGCACCCCGGGCUGUCCCCACGCCUGGCAGCAGGGACGGAGCCGCGCACGCAGAGCUUGGCACCGACACCGCGUCCUCGCCGGGCUCCCGUCCCCGUCCCCGAGCCGAGCCGCCGGAGCAGCCGGGACUGUGGUACCUGGCGGGCGGCCCCCCCGUCGGCUACCUCGCCCCCGUCCCCCUCGUGCCUUACGCGCCCCCCCUGCUCUACUGCUCCCCGGCCGUACCUACCUCAGCCCCGGCCCCCCCGCAGCGCCCCCCCCUCGGCCUGCCCCUCGCCGACCUGGAGGAGCUGCAGCGGUCGCUGGGCCGCGCCGUGGAGGCCGCGCAGCGUGCCAGGCUCACCACCAAGAGGAUGGGCCGCUCGCUGGCCUCCGAGCUGAGCAGGGCGCGGGGCCUGCGGGGGUCCUGCCUCUUCUGA